AUGUCGACCAACGAGCUGCCCAAGAAGAGGAGAGCAGACGACGUUGAUGCUCAGAAUGGACAUGCACAGAAUGACAAUGACGAUGAUGAAGAGCAAGAGGAGCUGCACCGUCAGCGAAGGCCAAAGAAAAUGCCAAACACUGAACUAGCUGCAUCCAAUCUAUGGCUAGACACUGUCAAUCGACACAUGCUCGACUUUGAUUUCGAAAAAUUAUGUAGUGUCUCCCUCACCAAUCUCAAUGUGUAUGCCUGUCUGGUCUGUGGAAAGUACUUUCAAGGAAGAGGCCCUUCUUCUCAUGCUUAUACUCACAGUCUGCACGAAGAUCACCACGUAUUCAUCAAUCUAGAAUCCUUGAAGGUCUUCAUUCUUCCUGAAGGUUAUGAAGUCACCGAUGCAUCGCUGUCGGACAUCAAGCACGUCCUCAAACCCACAUUUACGAAACAGCAAGUCGCUGAACUGGACGGUGGCCAAAUCAAGUAUGCUUAUGAUCUAAACAACAAGAAAUACAUGCCAGGAUUCGUCGGUCUGAAUAACAUUAAAGCAAAUGACUAUGUGAACGUUAUUGUCCAAUCAUUUGCUCAUGUCAAACCAUUACGGGAUUACUUUUUACUUGGCGAUGUUCCUUCCUCUGCCUCUGAACUAGUGAAACGCUUUGGAAUGCUGAUUCGAAAAAUGUGGAAUCCAAAAGCAUUCAAGGGCCAAGUCUCUCCACACGAAUUGCUACAAGAAAUAACAAACGCAUCUCAAAAGAAAUUCACAAUGGCUGCUCAAUCUGAUGCUAUAGAAUUCAUGUCUUGGUUUCUGAAUACACUGCACUCGGGUCUAGGAGGCACUCGUAAAAAGUCUAGCAUCAUUCACGAGAUAUUUCAAGGUGAAUUGCAAAUACAACAGCAAAUCAUGCUACCUCCUUCUGGAAAUGGAGAAGAAGAUGUCACCCGUAAAAGAUUUGACGAAGCUCGAGAAAUUACCACUACAAGGACUCCAUUCCUCAUGUUGGCGCUAGAACUACCACCAGCACCACUAUUCACGGACGAGCUGGAAAAGAACAUCAUUCCACAGGUCAAUUUGGAAAGUCUGUUGAGAAAGUAUGAUGGUAUUACUGCUCAAGAUACAGGCUUGGCAGUAAAACGGUUCAAAAUCACCAAACUACCGCAAUACCUGAUACUUCACAUAAAGAGAUUCACAAAGAAUAACUUCACUGAAGAAAAGAAUCCCACCAUUGUGUCCUUUCCGAUCAAAGGUGUAGAUAUGAAAGAGUAUGUUGAAGGUCCAGACGCGCUCGGAGAGACUCGAUAUGAUCUCAUUGCCAACAUUUGUCACGAAGGCGGCGCAAAGUUAGGACAAGGAUCUUACAAGGUCCAAGUCCACUCAAAUAAUCAUUGGAUUAUGAUUCAAGACUUGUUUGAAGAACAAAUACGGCCAGAAAUGAUCUUUUUGCAGGAAUCUUACGUUCAGAUAUGGGAACGUAAGAGAACAUAA